CCUCGUCUCACUUCGGCAGUCGUCGGCGAAGCUGCCUCGCGUACGGGUGUGUCUGUGUCCGAUAAACCAAAACACCACAUAUGUGUCAAAUUAAACGAUAUCGUUGAAAAAAAAAGUGACAUGUGCUCCGGGGUGACGUAAACACGGGUUGUAUAGUCGGCUUUUUGUAGAAUAUCAGUGUUUAUUUCGUUUAUAACGCGUAUUUACUUAAAAUUUUGUGUAGCCUGUAGUUUAGUUCGCGAUUGUGGUACGCUGACAUUCCAGGUGCCUCGGGUUCAUCGUAAAUGGUUAUCUAUACGCUAACAAAUCCGGGAUUUGGAUAUAGUGUUGUGUUUUAAAUAUUCAGGAUGGUUUAAUUCACGAUGGACCGUGUCAGUGGCGUGUGUAGAUUUGGAGGAGUGGUGUCAGCUGUGAGGACUCGAACUGGCCGAAGUCGGAGGAGGUUGGCCGGGUCCACUCCGGCGGUUGAAGAGUUGCCCGAGGCCCCGCGCAGAGGCCUCGGAGCCGUGCUAGUCCUCGCUUGUAUAGUCGUAUACCACAACUCCCUUUACUGUGGCUUCGUGUUUGAUGAUAUCAGUGCCAUAAAAGAGAACAGAGAUCUCAGACCGCAGACGCCUAUCUCGAAUAUCUUCCUCAAUGACUUCUGGGGGACACCAAUACAUAAGGAGCAGUCACACAAGUCGUACCGCCCCCUGACGGUGCUGACGUUCAGAUGGAACUACGCGGUGCAUGGACUGCAGCCGGCGGGGUACCAUCUCGUCAACCUACUGCUGCAUGCGCUGGUCUCCUUGCUUUACUACAGGGUGUGCGCGAUGUUCCUGCCAGAAUUCGCAAGUUUCGUCGCGGCCAUGUUGUUCGCCGUGCAUCCCAUACACAGCGAAGCGGUGACAGGAGUCGUGGGGCGCGCAGAGAUGCUGUCGUCAGUGUUUUUCCUGGGCGCUCUCCUGUGCUACGCGCGGGCGGCUAGCAGGCGACGGUAUACUGAUUGGCGCUACGUAGUGGCGUGCACAGCGUGCGUGGGCGUGGCCAUGCUGUGCAAGGAGCAAGGCAUCACCGUCACCGCCGUCUGCGUCGUCUACGAGCUGUUCGUUGCGCAGAAGCGCAAAGGCAGCAACAACGGGCGGCCGUGGUUCGAGUACUGGGGCAAGGGCGGCUGGGGCUGCGCGUGCGGCGAGGCGGCGCGCCGCGUGGCCACCGUGUGCUGUGCCACGCUGGCGCUGCUGGCGGCGCGACUGCACGUCAUGGGCGCGCAGCUGCCGGUGUUCACGCGGUUUGACAACCCUGCCGGAGCUGCAGCGCCUCCUGCCAGACACUUAACUUUCGCGUAUCUGCCCGCACUGAACGCCUGGCUGCUCGCUCUGCCGGAGGCGCUCUGCUGCGACUGGACCAUGGGCACGGUGGCGCUGCUACGAUCGUGGAGGGACCCGAGGAACCUCGCCACCAUUGCCUUGGCCACUGUGUUGAUAGCAGCGGCCUUUCAUGCCUUAAGAACUCGCUCCUCAGCUCUGUCAAUGGGGCUGGCACUCCUCGUACUACCAUUUCUGCCCGCGUCCAACCUAUUCUUUCCCGUGGGCUUCGUGGUGGCUGAGAGAGUGCUAUACAUGCCCUCCAUGGGCUGGUGCCUGCUGGUGGCGCACGGCUGGAGGCUGGUGGCCAAGGAACGCGCCAAGCUAGCCGCCGCCUCGCUGGUAUUCCUCCUGUUGGCGUUUAGUGCUAAGACUUACGUCAGGAACUGGGACUGGAAGACUGAAUACUCAAUUUUCGCUUCGGGACUUAAAGUGAACAAAAACAACGCCAAACUGUACAACAACGUCGGCCACGCCUUAGAAGCCGACGGCAAAUACGAGGAGGCGUUAGAAUUCUUCAAAACAGCCGUAAGCGUGCAACCAGACGACGUCGGCGCUCACAUAAACGUUGGGAGAACAUUCAAUCAUCUCGGACAAUACCAAGAUGCUGAAGAAGCUUACGUGAAAGCUAAAUCUUUACUACCAAAAGCAAAGCCUGGAGAAUCCUACCAAGCAAGAAUAGCUCCUAAUCAUUUGAACGUAUUCCUGAAUCUUGCCAAUUUGAUUUCUAAAAAUGCUACGCGAUUGGAAGAGGCAGACAUGUUGUACAGACAAGCGAUCAGCAUGAGGGCAGACUAUACGCAGGCGUAUAUAAAUAGGGGGGAUAUUUUGAUCAAAUUGAAUAGGACAAAGGAGGCCCAAGAGGUGUAUGAGAGGGCUCUGUUGUAUGACAGUGGCAAUCCGGAUAUAUACUAUAAUUUGGGCGUAGUGUUACUAGAGCAAGGCAAAGCGUCCCAAGCGCUCGCGUACUUGGACAAAGCGCUGGAGCUGGAGCCAGAGCACGAGCAAGCCUUGCUCAACUCCGCCAUACUGUUGCAAGAGCUGGGCGCUGCCGACCUGAGGCACAUCGCGCGACAACGGCUGCUGAAGCUGCUGGACAAAGAUGCUACAAACGAGCGCGUCCACUUCAACCUCGGCAUGGUCUGCAUGGACGAGGGCGACGCGGAGUGCGCCGAGCGCUGGUUCCGCGCCGCCGUCCACCUCAAGCCGGACUUCAGGUCCGCUCUCUUCAACCUGGCGCUGCUCCUGGCGGACAGGCGGAGGCCUCUGGAGGCGGCGCCGUUCCUGAAGCAGCUGGUGAAACACCACCCGGAUCAUGUCAAGGCGUUGGUGCUCUUGGGGGACAUAUACAUCAACUCGGUUAAAGACUUGGAUGCAGCUGAGAGUUGUUACCGUCGAAUCCUCGAACUGGAGCCGGACAACGUGCAAGCGCUCCACAACCUCUGCGUGGUGGCCGUCGAGCGCGGGAACCUCGCCGUGGCCGAGGACUGCCUCACCCGCGCCGCGACACUGGCGCCGCACGAGCACUACAUCCAGCGACAUCUAGCGGUGGUCAGAGCCAGGCGCGCCGCCGCCAUCUCCCCCACCCCACCCGCCAAACCCCCCGCACUGAGCGCCACCACGGAGGUGCGCGCGAGGUGGAACUACAUCCCGCAACAACCCCCCGACCCCCACGAAACGGACCCCUCGUAGCGAUACUGCGUCAACUGAACUGUGUAAAUACGUUUAGAUAAACACCAAAAGAAUCGGUCGUUAUUUUAAAUAAACGUUUCUAUUGUUUGCGUUUGAAUUUCUAACGAUCAGGGUAUGUCUUGUUUUGUGCCGUUAAUGUCUAGCUUUUUUAAAAAUUGGCCAUAAAGGUUGACGCGCAUGGGUUUUACUGUGUAACAAACAUUGCCCUUGCGCUAAAUCUUUAUAAAUAUAAGUUAAAGAACAUGAAAUGAGAAAUAGAUUAUUUUAGGAUCUCUAUAAUUUUACAAGCUUAUUUUGCUUAAUAUUUCGUGAUAUUAGUUUACGCCAUUUAAUAUAAUUAAUUAUGUACGAUAUUGUAUAAUGUGUAGAGACAUGUUGGAACGAGCUUUCGUCAUUAGCCAGGUAUACGGAUACUCUUUGUGUGUAAUAAAAGUGAAAUAGAAUAAUAGAAAAAGACUUGAAAACUGUUUUUAAAAAAAUAUUUUUGAUUAUGUUGAUAGUACCUUAACUUAGCUAUCGCAUCGUAAAUAUGUUCUAGGCAGUUAAAAAUGUAAUUUCAAAGAAACACUGGGUCCGAAGCGUUAAUACUAGAAAUCUGUUAAUUAACAAAAGGAAAAAAAUAAAAAAACGCAGUUACAAGUGUGUUAACAUUUUUUGUCAUUGCGUCACACAAGUUUACGAGUUAACUUUCCUGACAAGCUAUGGAGCAACUUAAUUUUAAAUAUUAUAGGUGAUUUUCUAAAUCCCAAGCUUUGUGUGCAUUGAAAAUGAAUUUGCAAAUAACCUUCUAUAUCAAUGAAAAUUGUGUUUAGGUAUUGAAAAUUGUACUUAUUCAAGAUAUUUCACAACCAUUUCUCUUGCUAUAACGCGAUCAAUGUUACAAGUGCCUCCCAGAAACUUAUACUCGUAUCAUGCGCAUCCAGCUUUAUACUUAUCACUUUAAAAACUUGUUUUUUUUUUUAAUUUUUAACAUUUUAUAGAUAUACCUCGGAGUUUUGUUUGGAUUAGGUUUAGUCUUCGUGUAAUUAAUAGAAUGAAAAAAAGAUGUACUAAUUUGGUAAGAAUUUUAUUUAAGACAAUAAAAUCGAAUCAGCAUUAGAAACCAGACAAAACGCUAUACUUUGAUUAGUUCGUCAAGGCCUAUGAAAUUUUAGAAAAAAAAAUAAACUAAUUGAUAUUACCUACUACCUAACUAGACGGUUAUUUUCAUAAAUGCCAAUGUUAUUAUGUAAAAAAAAAAGUGAUCGACCGUUAUUAGAAUAAUUACCAUGUAGAUGUGAAAAAUGUAACGUUGUUAAUGUUUUAAGAUAAAAAGUAACUUUUGUAAAAACAGAAAUUUUUUACAAUGUCUUGAAACAUUUCUGAUGGAAACUCCAGCGGGAGUUAUUUCGUAAGGACCCCGAAUAUUAUAAACUAUUUGUCGUCAAAACAUUUAUUUUUAUAAAAUAAAUGAUGUUUCAAAUUA